UUCAUUCCCCCCCCCCCGUAAAUAAUAGAGAUAUGGACAGGAAUUUCAUUUUUUCUAACCUAAAAGUUUAAUAUAGAUAACUGAAACUUAAUCCGAUUAUAAUAGUCCAAUUUUCCCUUAAUUAUAGUCGGAAUCUACUUCAAAUAUGUUCAAAUUAUAUCUAUUUUUCCUUUCUUUGCAGUGGAUUUGUUCAGCCAAUUCAGAAACGCCAUAUCAGAUUCAAAGUUAACUAUAUUCAAAGCUUCGCUUUUGAUUCUGCCAUAUGAAGAUUUAAGUUGAAGUAUUUGGAGCAAAUAGGACACAAACAUUUCGUGAAUUCAUCAAUAAUAUUGGUUCACCAAACAAGCGUAAAUCAGAAUAUCUUGAAUUUAGAGUUCCUUUUUUGCUGUGAGCGUGAAUAAUGGGGUCGAGGUGGAAAGGAAAAGGAGCAGAAGUUAAAGCUCUUGCAGAUCCAAUUUCAGAAAUAACCAGCCAACUCCAAUCUUCUCUGAUCAGCUCUAAUUCUAAAGGACUGCUUUCUGGUACGGGUGUGCUUCUAAAAGCAGAUGCAGAACUAACUGACCUUCUCAAUCGUGCAUGUUUUGGUAGGCCUAGGGUAACAUCAGAAAAGAAUGAACAAUGGUUUCAGCUCUCCACGGAAGAAGCUUUUUAUCUUCAAUAUUCUCUAAAAUGCAUCAAGAUUGUUGACCACGAUGAUACUGAACUGAACAGUGAUGAGUUAUGGAAGCAUAUGAUGUCAAGGAGGGAAAAUUUUCCUAUCCUAUUCAAAGCUUUUUCUCACCUUCGAAGUAAGAACUGGGUGGUUAGAUCGGGGUCUCAGUAUGGGGUAGACUUUGUUGCCUAUCGUCAUCAUCCUGCCUUGGUACAUUCUGAAUAUGCUGUGCUCGUUUUAUCAGCACAAGAUGGUAAUGCAAAUGGUCGCUUGAAGGUUUGGUCUGACUUCCACUGCACUCUUCGCCUUUGUGGCAGUGUGGCUAAAACAUUACUAAUUCUCAACAUUGAAGAACAACAAAGUUGUGCUACUUCUCCGUCAUGCUUAGAUAAUUAUGUUGUUGAAGAGAGAACAAUCACCAGAUGGAGUCCAGAGCAAGGCCGUGAGAAAAAUGUUAAAUCUGACCCAAGAGUUAAGUAGGUUGACUGAUUCAAGAUUAAUUCCUACUUCAUCUUGUACUAGUUUAGCAAUUGUAUUGUGAUUUAAGAGCACUAUGAUUACUCCUCUGUAAACUGUGUUUGAUCCACCUAUUUGUUGUAGGCAUUUUGGGCUAACUUUAUGCCCAGCAGAAAUGGUAAACAAUGUUUUUCUUAUUGCACUU